AUGACCCUCCUCAGCAACGCAGCCAUGUACCACAAGACUUGGGCCACCUUUGUCGACGACGCCAUUUCGAAACACCACCAGUCGACCAACGAUGGCAGUGCUGGAAACAGCAGAGACGGCAUUGUUGGGAGCGGGCGCAUCGAUCUCCAGGAUGUGAUGCGCGUAGAAGAAAUCCUGGCCAGGAUCGAGAGGGCGGAGGGAGGUUGGAUCGAUUACGAGAGGACACCGGACGGGGAUGAUGGCGCCGACGUAGAUGCCAGCUCUCUAGCGAGCGGUAGCCUGCCGAGAUCGAGCGGAAGGAAGGCACUCGACACACUGCCCCCGAUGUUCCAGAACCCAGGCCCUUCUUUCCUAGCGUCGAUGUACAAUCCCGCACCGGUCAUAGCCUAUAGCGGGAAAGAUGGGCCGCAGCCAAACGACGUGAAGGCAUCGCGCUCAGGCGCGAAGGAGCGAUCCUGUGCAGAAGACAAAUAUCUUCCCGUCGUCAGGGAUUCUUUCGCCGUUUCCGGUAGCAUGGGUGAUUACAACGGCCUCGGGGGUGUCUACGCUGCCAAGGAGGACCAGCUUUGCUCCUCCCAGAUGGCUGUCGGAAGUGGCGACGGGACCGCUUCAGAACACGAGGGCCGGAGGCGGUGCCUCGAGUCUCGGCCGGGAGGACCGGAGACGAAGACGGAGCAACAACCGAUCGGCCGGGACGAUCUGUCAGAACUCAUGGAAUCGCUCCACCUCGAUGGAACAGAAUCGGGACUGUCAACGCCUCCGCCAGUGAGGGGACAAUUGGAAGAGCAGGGGGACGACUUGCAUCGUGGGGCGCAACAGCCGGCGGGGGCUCAGGCCUUAGAAGGACCAGCAUCAGCGACGAGCAGUAGCGAUCCACUUGACAGAAAAAUUUCCGUGGCAUCAGCCUAUGAAAAUGAAGAAAUGUUUGCGGUCUCCCAGAAGCAUACCAAAGGUGGCUCGAACGGAGGCGGCGAACAGGUGGUGUGUCCCCUCGAGCAGGAGGAAGAGGAGAAGGGAGUAGUGCGAUGUGUUGCUGCGUCAAGUUCGGGGGCUACCCCGCUGCGGCCGGACUUGUUUUCGGAGGACGUAUUGAUGUCAGAGCUGUCCGCAUGCCCGGACGCAACGCGCAUCGAAGGAGAGGAAACGGCACAUGGUGAGACUACGGGAGCGGAGGGGGACAAGAAGGAGGAGGAGCAAUCACCUCUUUUCGCCUCGUCUGAAGACAAGUCGAGUAUGAUUGGAGGGGUCACGGCGGUGCACGCCAGCCCGCGCGGGGUGGGCAAGAGUGGCGAGGAGGACCAUCUACGGGGUGCUGUGCUGUCGGUACAGCGGUCGGGGGUGGAGGUGGGCGUCACCGUGCUGGAGGGUAGCGGGUACGGCGACAGUGGCAGUGGCAGCAGUCGGACCGACCUUUCUGGGGAGUUUGUGGCAGCAGCCACCGCUGCUGCGCUCGUUGAGGAAGACGACGACGUGCUCGGCGCCGUUGACGGCGCCGUUGAUGACAGUCAGUGCGCAUUGGUCCCCACUCCUUUGGCUGGCAGCAGCAGCAGCAGCAGCAGCAGCGCCCCCGUUAACGAUGGCGCCGCCGCCGCGGCCAGGGCCAUCCCUUCGGGAGCUGAAUGCUGUCACCGAUCGCCGCUCCAAUUGGAGUUUGAGCGGAAGGUUUCAGCGGCAGGGAAUGGUCGCAACGGGGAUGCCUUGUCAGGCGAACGGAAGGUUGGUGCCGACGACGGUGACCUCAGUGAUGGCGAUAGAAUACGCUUCGUUGGUUCCACCCUAAACGCGCCUGAUAAGCUGCUUAGCUUGUUGAGCUCACCCGUAGGGAAUGACCCAACACCGGCGAGUGUCUCGGCUCCCGCUGCUGGACUCAACGGUGGAAGGCCGAGCCCUCACCACGAGCCAAGUUCACAAGGGGACGCACGGCUGGAACGUCGGGCCCAGGCAGGCGAUAAGGCAAGAGUAGACGAACAGGCGGAGUCUCCGGAGAUCUUGCGGCUAGGGCCGGCAUCGCCGGCCAGGGAGAGAAUGAUUUGUCAUGAGCGGAGGCCGUCGUUCGACCGCGGGUUUUCGGGGGUGAGAGACGUCGGUGGCGUCCUCCACGGGGGUGGUGUUCCCGGCAACAACGGGGCGAGCUUUACGCUAGCGCGGAGUCCGGCGUCGACAAGGGGAGUUCGACGAGACCAACGCUUAAGGUCAAUGCUCAGUCCCGACACCGAAGGCGUCGGUUUCUUGGACGGUACUGGCGGGGUUAGCUCACUGUCGCCGUUUGUGCUUGCCGGGUCGUUUGAUGUCGCGGACAUGGGCGAUGCUGGUUACGGCAGCGGCAACGGCGGCGGCUGGGCUUUGCCCUCCGGCGGGGGCGACGGUGACUGCGACUUGUCCCCCGUCAGAUCGGCGACGUCGGAGACUACCGAUGAUGUACCGUCGCCGCCGCAAGGGUUGGGGACGCCGUCUUCUGUUUUCCCUCGUUCAGGGGAGGACAUGUCAGAGGACGGGGAUACAACGUUAACACCGGAGGUUGAGACUCGUUUGAGCUCUUCCAGGUCCCCUUUUGUGGUGAGUGCCGGCUCUAGGUUGGAAGAGGAAGAAGGGGGUGAUCCGGGCUGUGGGAACGUGGACGCUAGUACACGGGAGGGACGAAGCACACGAAAACAGGCGGACUCCGGGGGCUUCAUGCCGCCACCUCCACCCCGACACCCAUCGUUCUCGCCGAGACGCACUACGUCGAAACACCGCGAGAGGGCAUUGUCGUUUUCGAGGAAAACGCAUGAGGAACGCUGCGCGACCCAGUCGAGCGCCGCCGACACCCGAGUGGUGCCGCUCCGGACAGCGCUGGGAGACAGAACUAACGCCGCGCCGAGAGGACGGUGCGACGGACGUUCGGACGAGGAAGAGUCGCUACCGGUCUCCACCCGCGAUGGCGGACGCUGCGACGGUGGCGGUGGUGUUCGCCGUUGUGGAGUUGCGGAGUACAGCGAGCAGGCUUCGAUCGAUUCGUUCUCGGAGAGCGAGCCAGGAAGAAGCAAGCCAGGGGUUAGCGCCACGGAAGCGGGAGCCGACGAGGAUAUGACGGAUGGCUCGUCGCUUGCGGAGGGCACGCCGCGACGGCGUGGGGCUGGUGCCAGAGAUUGUUAUCUCGGGGGGUUCUAUCCCCCCCUGCAGGUGGCCAACCUCGCCAGCAAGGCGCGGGAAGGCUUGACCCUCUCCACCCUGCAGGAGAGCACGUUGCAGUGGAUGCUCUGGCGGGAGCGAGGCGAGAAAGGUGGAAGGUCGGCAGUUGCAGCAGGGGCCUCGGUCAGCGACGACGACGACGACGACGACGACGCUAUCGACAUAAAGGGAGGGCUAUUGGGGCAUCUGUCGUCCGAGGAGGCGUCGGCAUGUUUGCAUGCCCUUGUUCGGGCAGGCGUUACCUUCAACGAUGGCGACGGAAGCCGGGGGAUGGUCGGCAGGGCGAGGCGAACACAUAACGGGACGGGUCUGCCUUGCGGGUCUACUCUGAUCUUAGCGCCUACGAAGGAGGCCGCAUGGCGGUGGUCCGAUAGGCUAGAAUCAGGCUCUGGGGGUCUCUCCGUGCUGAGCUACGUGAUGCCCUUGAGGGAGAGGCGAAGGCUGAGCGCGAAGCAGGUGGCCGCAUUCGACGUGGUCGUGACGACGUAUGACGUGCUGAAGGCGAAAGAGGUACCUCGGGGCGUCGAAGCCAAGGAAGCCACCUCGCCAAGGAGCUGGGCGCUCCCGGGGUCGACACAGUGGCGGACUAGAAACGGCAAGGAAGCGGGGCAGAAGAGAUCCUCCUCCUCCGCCUCCAUGACGGACCACAUGGUGUCACUGCUACACGGGGUUUGGUGGGAUCGAGUGGUGGCCGAUGGGGCUCAGAUCCUGGCCACCCAGCGGAGCGCGCGAGCCGUGGCUGCUCUUACCUUGGCGGGGACCGCGCGGUGGUGCUUGGUGGACUGCGAGAGCAUGUCAAUCGUCGAGGACGCCAGCGAUCGGAUGCGGGCAUGGAUUGGCCGCGAGAAAGAAGAUAAUUUUCUCGAAGAGUGCCUAGCGGCAUUUCUACGGGUGCCCGCGGCGGUGCCAUUGGUAGAUGUUGCCGAGAGCUUGUUCUUCAGGAGCAGGCCGAGGCACAUCGCUCCGCUUUACCCUCGAGCUCCGGGCGCAGCGGAUAACAGCUUGAGCUUGACCGAGGGCGACGAUAGCUCAGGCUGUUCCCUGCGUCACAGGCGACGAUCGUCGAGAGGGGCCAACACCAGGCGGGGUGGCGGGAUGUGUGUGAAGAAGAGGGGCUCGGGAAGAGAGGGACGACCAUCAGAAGAAGGGAAGCGGUUGUCGACCAUGGAGCAGGUCGGUGAUGGGGGGAGGGGAUGGGGGGCGCUGCCGAUUGAUGGAGGGAGGAGCCAGGGAACCUCACACGCGAAAUCCAGAGGAAUAGGAGGACGAAGAGAAGGGUCUCCGGAGAAUGUUGAGCGCGGGCAUGGCGGUGGGGGGAUUAGAAGAGGUGAAGACGAUCGGGGCGGGGCGGCUUCUGGAAGACAAUUUUCGCGUGGAGGUAUCACCUACGUGCCAAGUAGGCUGAGGCUCAGAAGGGCUAGGGGGGAAACCGGGCCGAUGCAAGUUGACCAGAAAUGACGGAAGAUGUUCGUGCUGCGCUGCUGUGUUUCGUCGCUUUUUUCGUUUCCCGAGCAACAGGCAGUGAUGCGUCUUGGUUAGGUGUUUCCUGCUUGCUGUCGCUGACGGAUAGACGGUGAUAAGAUCGGGCUUUGAAUGUACACACGGCUGCUAGCGUUAACGGGUCUCUAGCGUAUGUACGCGUUCGUUCAAUGAGUUUUGUGCCGA